ACAGCUGGUGAUGAUUGAUAAGACUGCCGUUCUCUCGAAGUUGUGAAGCAGUUCUCUGUUUACCCAUUCCUAUCAUCAACGGAUCAAAAGGUUGACUGAUCAAAACACACUGUUUAUGCAUUGCUAUUCUGUGAGGUCUCCACAAUACAUACUCUCAAUUUAAGCUAGAUGAAAUGCUGAAAGACAUAGAUUUUUAGAAGCAGCUGACUAACGUUAUCAUCACGGAAAAUGGUUCGCAUUGCAGCCGAAAGUCUGGCGGGGGUGGUGUUCAUGUGUUUGAUCCUUGUGUGCUGCGCUGUUAAAGAUGUUGUGACCGGUUACGAUCGAGAGCGUGUUGCCUGCCCGUUCAAAAGUUUGGUUUUUGGACCUGGUCUGGAAACAAAUUUUGUUGUUCCUGCGAGGUUUUUCUACAUUCAGGCUGUUGAUUUUGAAAAUAAUAAUUUCACGUAUUCACCGGGCAGUAAUGCAUUUGAAGUUUCUAUAAAGCCAAUAGACGGAAACAGAGGGCGUAUCUACCUACAGAUGCUCGAUCGUCAUGAUGGCACCUUCAUCGUACGUUAUCGUCUUUACCAGUCUUAUGAUGGGCUGAAGAUCACAGUCAAGAGUGCUGGUAGACAUGUAGCUGAUUCACCAUACAAAUUAAAUGGACUGGUCAAAUGCGAGAACUGCUAUUGUCCGGUGGAAGACAGGAACCAGUGGAGAAGUAAUAUGUUCUGUCGACCCGAUGUUCACUCUCAAACGCAGAUUGAUUUCUCCAUUUUCCCAUCCAUCGACCUCUCUACCCUUCAUAAAAAUGUGGAGUCGAGGUUUGCAAGGCAUCACAGCUUGUGUCACUAUGCCAUCAUUGAUAAUAAGGUGUACAGGAAAACGUUAGGAAGUAUUGUCGGAUUUAAAAUGUUUUCAGAUGCUUUCCUGCUCUCGCUCACAAGAAAGGUCAAAGUUCCAGAUGUGGAGUUCUUUAUCAACCUUGGAGAUUGGCCGUUAGAGAAGAAGGAUCCUGAAGAUGGACCUCUCCCUAUCCUGUCCUGGUGUGGAUCAACGGACACAAGAGACAUUGUCCUACCAACUUAUGACAUCACAGAAUCAACACUGGAAUCUAUGGGAAGAGUAUCUCUGGACAUGCUCUCUGUCCAAGCCAACACUGGACCAAAAUGGGAGAACAAGACAGAAAAAGCUUUCUGGAGGGGGCGGGACAGUCGUCGUGAGAGGCUUAACCUCGUCAAACUGUCCCGUAGACGUCCUGAGCUUCUUGACGCUGCUCUAACCAAUUUCUUUUUCUUCCGGAAUGAGGAGGCAGAGUUUGGACCCAAGGUCAAACAUGUGUCCUUCUAUGACUUCUUCAAUUUCAAGUACCAGAUCAAUGUUGAUGGCACAGUAGCGGCAUACAGGCUCCCCUAUCUGCUUGCAGGAGAUAGUACCGUCUUCAAGCACGACUCCAUCUACUAUGAGCACUUCUAUGCAGAGCUUGAACCCUGGGUCCACUACAUUCCUUUUAAGCAGGACCUCAGUGACUUAGAGGAGAGGAUUGAAUGGGCAAUGCAGAAUGAUGAGUCUGCAAGGACAAUAGCUGAGAAUGGGAAGAACUAUGUGCGAGAGAACCUUACAUCCAACAAUGUCUACUGUUAUUAUUUAAAAGUUUUAGAGGAAUAUGCAUCAAGGCAAGUUGGUGAACCUAGAAUCCAUGAAGGCAUGGAGCUUGUGGAGCAUCCAUCAGAAAAUAGUGGUUGUGACUGCCCUAAUCAAUCAACGAGACACACUGAAUUAUAAUAGGAUCUUUAGCUGAGAUUAAUCUUCGUAGUAGUGCCAUUGGUGCAUUGUUCCUGGAGCUACAGAGGAUAUGCCAUUCACUGGGAUUAUUUCAUAAUAUGAUUUGUCUGUGAUUUUUCACUGACUAGUUGGCUGUCAGCCAAUCAGAUGCAAGGAUUUGAAAAUCACAAGACUCUGUUUUAUGAAAUAUCCCCUUUGUCAACGCCACCAAGAUAAAAGAGACAUCUAUUUGGGCGGUGCUUGACAGUGGAGCCUGCUUUAGCCACCCUCUGUUUAGAAGGACCACCUGUCUAGAAUGACUUCUUAGUUUGAUUUCC